CCACCCCUCCCUUCAUUAAGCUGUGUUUUCUGUCAUAAAAAUACCUUCGGUAGUUUGACCCCUGAUGGCCGAUAUGAAGUCGAGGACGCGAUCUUUUGGUGAAUAGAAAAGCUCGCAGUCCUUAUAGAUCUCGACGGAUUGUGGACAGAUCAUAAUGGGGGUCAGAUCAGAGCAUUUCAGCUCUUGGCUCACAUCGCUUGGUCUGCUCGAGCAAAAUGAAUUCUUCAGCGAUGGUUCGCUUUUAGAAUACCUUCACAAUUGUAGUGUUCUCUGUCAUUUAUUGAAUUUAUUACGGCCGGGGCUCAUUCAUAAGAUAUUCGAUAAACCGAGCUCAGAGGAGGAGAGAGUUGGUAAUUUUAGAGCUUUCUUGAACGGAUGCCAAGAAAUCGGAGUCAACAGUGAAGAGGUUUUUACGUUAGAUGACCUUGAAAGCGAAGAUGGGAAAGAGCAAGUGCUGAGGACUUUGGAAAUCCUAGAAAAUGCGGCUAACGAUCAUGGUAUUCUGGGCAGCCCUUCACUGAACAGUCCAGAACGCACUUUGAAAAUUGAGACUAAUCCAACCAAGGCAGCCGGUGACAGUUGUGGUAUGUUUAAUUGCUGGGCCACAAAAUGCGGAAAACGACAAAGCAUCAAACUUGACGACAUGUCUGAGUUUGCCCGAGGAGGGGGGGUGCGGCUAGUUAAGGCCACCUUUCCUUUUGAGGGAACAGACGAGGAUGAGAUUUGCUUUGCCAAGGGAGAUAUCCUGGAGGUCACAAAGGUUGUGGAUGGAGGCUGGUGGGAAGGCACAUUAAAUGGGAAAAAUGGCUGGUUUCCAAGUAAUUAUGUCAAAGAGAUUUCUGCAAGUCCAGAAAUACCAGUAACACCAACCACACCCAUCCCACUGCCAUUAUCUGCUACCAAGAGAGACAGUACAAGAGUUUACCACAACCUAGUUGUACAGAAUAUCCUUGAUACAGAAAGAGCUCAUGUCAGUGAACUUCAGGCAUUAUUACAAAACUACUUAAAACCUCUGCAGUAUUCAAAUAUAUUAUCUCCAAGAGACCUGAAAGUCCUCUGUGGAAACUUUGAGGAACUUGUGCGAUUUCAGCAGACUCUGUUUGGCAUUUUGGAUGAGUGUGCCCACUUGCCUCUCAGUAGUCAAAGAAUAGGAGCAAAUUUCCUGCAAAUAGCUCCCCAGAUGAAAGAACUCUACCUUACAUAUUGUGCCAACCACCCUAGGGCAGUGGAAGUACUAACUAAAUACAGUGAUGAGUUGUCAGCAUUCAUUGAGAGCAAAGGCGCGCCCGCACCAGGGAUACUUACUCUCACGACUAGUCUAAGCAAGCCGUUCUGUCACUUGGACAAAUACCCAACCUUGCUCAAAGAGUUGGAGAGACAUUUAGAGGAUGGCCACAUAGACGAGUUGGACACCAAGAAGGCGAUCCCUGUCUUUCAAAAUAUCAAGACGAGUUGUAACGAAAUGAGGAAGAAGAAAGAGACAGAGUUGGAAAUCUUAACAGGGACCAUAGAGGGCUUGGACCAAGAGGAGAUUAACAAGCUGGGUGACGUCAUCCUGAUGGCGCAGUUCCUGAUUCAUGGGGAUGAGGGAGAGGUUCGUGAGCGCUACUUCUUGCUCUUCUCAUCGUGUCUCAUCAUCCUGUCCGUCAGCGCCAAACUCAGCGGUUUCUGCUUUGAGCGCAAAUAUGACAUUUCUAACAUAUCAGUGCGGUCUCUGGAAGACACUGAAGGGAUUCUAAACGCAUUUGAAAUCAAAGCUAAUGGUGACGUAAUGAAGCUCUCAACCAACCACGCACCAGAAAAGGCGGCCUGGAUGGAAACACUUCCCGAGCUCCUUGGCCAGUCAGGUGUUAGCCCCACGUUAAGCGACCGGUCGCCUUGGGAGGUGCGGCAUGGAGGACAGGCUGUUGGCACCGAUAAGCCCAGUCCCCCUCGUAAUGAGGCCACAGGGUCCCCGCCUGGAUCAGCCACGCUGAAGAAGUCAAGUGGGACCAUGACAGGCUCACAGGGCUCCGACAUCGUGCGUACCAUGUCAACGUCACACUCGACUGAGAUGACCGCCAUUGGCUCAGUCCCCUCCAGUCCUCAACGGGCCAAGCGCUGGGACAUCUCAAAAUUACGACCUACCCCUCCCCUACGGCCAGCGUACGCGCUUAUGGCCAAAGAGCCGGACACGUCCAUGGGUCGCUCAGUCAAAGGUCUGCUUCAUGCGACCAAGAAGAAACAAGACUUCUCCGUCAUGCAGUGCUUCCCACAUGGUUGUCUUACCAUUAGUCCACUUUCUACUUUCAAAACUUGCACUGCGGAUUGUCGUGCAAAAAGUGAAAUCACAGAUGAUGAGAGAAACAGUAGAUCCUCUACUUCCACGGGGAGUACCACACACGUACUAGAAGAGGAUAUGUUGAUUCUGAGGGUCAUCGAGUCUUACUGCACGAGUGCAAGAGCAAGGCAAACUCUGAAUUCUGAAGACAUCGUUGACGGUGGAGACGAGAACACCUUCUCCCGGCACCAUCGCCCCCGAGGAGCCAUGAUCCACGUGCUGGCCGCAGGCUGCUGCCCGGGUUUUACAGGGAAAGGCCGUCUUCUAACAUACUAGGGAACUAUAGAGAACCUUCCACUACAUACUAAGUAUCUUGAGUUAAUUGUUGAGAUGACCUUUACAAGAAUGGAGUGUCGCUAACAUACUAGAUAAGUUGCAAAGGAGUUGUCUUACAUUCUCGAAUAUUAGUGGAAUCGUUCGCCUACUAGAUAACUAUAGGAAAGAUUCGCGGUUCUCUUUCGUACUAGAAAAAUGAAUGUAACCCCACAAGGCAAGAGUCGUCUGUUUAAAUAUUGAGAAUGAUAGCUCAUUGUAAAAGGUUACCUUAUCAACGUAAAGUCUAUGCUAUAGUAGAUGCGUCAUGUAGGGAUUGUAGGAAAAAGACAUUUGUAACAGUGAUCUUUCCAAGUUACGCACUAGAGAGGAGUUUACUAUUUUACUGUAGUUCAUAGUCUAGUAAAUCAUUCUUUUUAUACCAUUUAUCCUUUGACUUUCCUGAGGCAAAAUACAAGCUGCCUACAUACUUCUUUUAGCGUCUAAAAAAACUGUGAGAGUUAACUGCUUGGGCAGCUAACCUGGUGUACUUUGCCUGAUCGAAGGGCUUCUUGGUGCAGUAGAACCAAGCACCUUGCAGCAUGCGUUACCGGAUUGUGUUUUAUUUCUAUGUUGUAAAAAUACGCUCAAGUUAGGUUUGGCGGUUAAUUAGACGUUACAACAGGAGGGAGGAGUUGAAGGGGGCAUGUUUUAUCUUUAAGGGUGUUGGGACAUUUCUCUGAGGGUCGAUUUUCCCGCCUAAAAGUGCGAAGUUCCCGGAUGAUCGCGCGCGCGCCUAACAACCGAAUCGCUAAGUAACGAGAAAUUUCCCAACACCCUUAAAGAUAAAGAUAAGUCCCUUGUACAGGCUGGGAAGAAUUUCCGUCGUAGUUAAUGUGGUGGUGUUUGAGGAAGGCAGUCAUUGGUGACCUUCUUCUACAAAGAAGCUCAAAGUUAGUGAAUAAGAGAAUACAGUAGAGGUAGUAACUCGAAUCCCAGCUGCUAACUCGAAUUCAGAUAACUAGUAUUUACCUUGAACUAAGUGAUUUAUCUCUCUAUUCAAAAUAAGCCAGGUUCUUUUGUACGUUUAUUUUAUGCUUUUUACAUGAUAUAUAAAAAAAAAACCGGUUCCCAAAACAACGUCUUUCUUCGCUUAUAUGUUGAUGCCUGUCACCAUUGUAAUUUACGAAUAUUUUUGUACUUUUAUUUUGCAGCAUGUAUGAAAUAAUUGCUUUUUUACCGUUUUAGAAGUACUAUAAAUAAAAGUAAUUUUUUAAUCUUUCA